AUGCUUCCUUCACAGCUCAACAACUCGCCCAAACGAGCAAAUCCGUUCGCACGAUCCUCUCCAUCGCCGGCACCUCCCUCCCAAACGCGCCCAAAAUCGGCUAUCAUCACGUCAUCCAAUGGACUGGAGCCAGCCAAAGGGCACCUGCGCAACUCUUCGGUCUCACAAUUAUCUCCCGCGCUAUCCGCCGGAAGUGUGAGCCGAGAGAGAUCAAAUUCUCGAAACAAUGUGUCCUCCGGCACGUUUGCCCCAAGUUUCAUUAAAUCGGAAGAGAUGCGACGGGGAGCGGAUCAAAUUCGAGGACUGGAGGGUGAAAAUGACUUCUCGGGUAAUAAAUAUGUGUGGUUACGAGAUCCCCAAAAGGCGUUCGUGCGGGGACUAGUUUUGGAGGAACUCGAAGACAACCGUCUACUGGUCCAAACUGAUGAUGGCGAGCAACGUGAAGUCGACGCCGAUCAAGUCGACAAAGUCAAUCCUGCCAAGUUUGACAAAGCGGAUGAUAUGGCGGAAUUGACGCAUCUCAACGAGCCUUCUGUGGUCCACAAUUUACAUACGAGAUACCAAUCGGACUUGAUUUACACAUAUUCGGGACUGUUCUUAGUUACCAUCAAUCCUUACUGCCCAUUGCCAAUAUACACGAAUGAAUACAUCAAGAUGUAUAAGGGAAGAGGGAGAGAAGAAACCCGUCCCCACAUAUUUGCAAUGGCCGACGAAGCAUUCCGCAACCUCGUUGAGGAGGGUGAGAACCAGAGUAUUUUGGUCACCGGUGAAUCCGGCGCCGGUAAAACCGAAAAUACAAAGAAAGUCAUUCAGUAUUUGGCGGCUGUAGCGACCUCGGACACUCCAUAUGGCCGUUCAGGCGCGAAGCAAAUUUCCAAUCUAUCCCAGCAGAUUUUACGGGCCAAUCCCAUCCUGGAGGCGUUCGGUAACGCACAAACCGUUCGCAACAACAAUUCUUCGCGUUUCGGAAAGUUCAUUCGGAUUGAGUUCUCGCGGUCUGGGCAAAUUUGUGGCGCAUGGAUUGAUUGGUAUUUGCUCGAAAAAUCUCGAGUGGUGAAGCCCAAUUCCAAUGAAAGAAACUAUCACAUUUUCUAUCAGUUACUUCAAGGUGCUGAUCGCAAUACUCGGGAGAAGCUUCUGUUGAAGAAUUUGACGAUUGAGGAUUUUUCCUACACACGAGAUGGAAACGAUUCAAUCGUGGGUGUCUCCGAUAAGGACGAGUGGAACUCCUUGGUAGAGGCGUUCCAUGUUAUGAAUUUCUCGGAAGAAGAUCAGUUGUGCAUUUUGCGUACAAUUGCAGCUGUACUGCAUUUGGGCAACGUGACCAUCGCCAAAGAGAGCGUGCGCGCCGACCAAGCUUCUUUAGGCCCGAGCGGAUAUGAAAGUGUCGAAAAGGCUUGUCAGUUGCUCGGAAUUCCCGCCGAUCCCUUCGUGAAAGGACUUUUGCACCCCAAGGUUAAAGCCGGUCGUGAAUGGGUAGAGAAAGUCCAGACACCGGAGCAAGUUCGUCUAGCUCUAGAUGCUUUGUCCAAGGGUAUUUACGAGCGUGGGUUCGGGGAUUUAGUGGCUCGAAUCAAUAACCAGCUGGGUCGGUCAAUGGCGGAUGACAACUACUUCAUUGGUGUCCUUGAUAUUGCCGGAUUUGAAAUUUUCGACAACAACAGCUUCGAGCAGCUUUGCAUUAACUACACGAAUGAGAAGCUCCAGCAAUUUUUCAAUCAUCACAUGUUUGUCCUUGAACAGGAAGAGUAUGCUCGAGAACAAAUUGAGUGGCAGUUCAUCGACUUCGGGAAAGAUUUGCAGCCAACGAUUGAUUUGAUUGAGUUAACCAACCCAAUUGGUAUUUUCUCGUGCCUCGACGAGGACUGUGUUAUGCCCAAGGCGACAGAUAAGUCCUUUACCGAAAAACUACACUCUCUUUGGGACCGCAAGACUCCCAAGUACCGAUCCUCCCGACUAAGCCAGGGCUUUAUCCUUACCCACUACGCUGCUGAGGUGGAGUACAGUACUCAUGACUGGCUUGAGAAAAACAAGGACCCAAUGAACGACAACAUCACUCGUCUUCUUGCCAAUUCUGAUCAAGCACAUGUCGCGAAUCUGUUUGCAGACUCCGCAGAGCCUGAAGAAGGGAGCGAAAAUCCGAGAAGCAGAGUCAAGAAGGGUUUGUUCCGCACAGUCGCGCAAAGACACAAGGAGCAACUGUCUACUCUGAUGGCGCAGCUGCACUCAACCCACCCCCACUUUGUCAGGUGUAUUUUGCCAAACCAUAAGAAGCGGCCCAAAAUGCUCCAUGCACCGUUGGUAUUGGAUCAACUUCGUUGCAAUGGUGUGCUUGAGGGUAUCAGAAUCGCUCGAACUGGCUUCCCCAACCGUCUCCCUUUCACCGAGUUCCGUCAGCGAUACGAAGUGCUGUGUCAGACCAUGCCGAAGGGCUAUCUUGAAGGUCAGAGCGUUGCUCGAAUCAUGUUAGAGAAGCUUGACAUGGACCGGGCCUGGUAUCGUGUUGGCCGGACCAAAGUGUUCUUCAGGGCUGGUGUUUUGGCUGAUUUGGAAGAAAAGCGUGAUAAGCUUAUUAGAAGCAUCAUGACACGUUUCCAAUCAGUAGCACGUGGAUUUGUCCAACGUCGCAUCUCAAACAAACGCCUCUAUCGUGCCGAGGCCACUCGUAUCAUUCAACAAAAUUUCCAUUCAUAUCUAGAGCUGAAGGGUAGCCCCUGGUGGCAGCUUUUUUCGAGAAUGAAACCACUCCUCGGAGAUACUCGAAAUGCGAAAGAAGUGAAAAGAAGAGAUGAUAAGAUCAAGGAACUCGAAAUGAAAAUGAAGCAAGAUCUCUCCGACCGACAGAAGCUGGAUGAGGAAAGGCGACGAACUGAGAUGGAGAUUCACAAAAUUCAACAAACUUUGGAGAGUGAACGUGCCCUCGCCCUCGACAAAGAAGAAAUUUUUAAGCGCCUCCAAUUACGGGAGGGAGAGCUGGCCGAGAAGUUAUCUGGCGCAAUUGCAGAUCAGGAAAGUCUCGAAGAGCAGCUGGACGAUUUGGUCGAUGCAAAGAAGAAGACUGACGAAGAGUUGGAUCUUCGUAUUACCCAGCUUGAGCAAGCUGGCCAAAUCAUCCAGCAACUGGAAUCAGAGAAGAAUGAGUUGCAGGAUCGACUUGAGGAUACGGAGACUAAAUUAUCCGAGGCAGAGGCGCGAUUCUCCGGCAAGGAUGGCCAGAUUCAAAAAUUAGAACAGGAGAUUAAGAUGCUUCAAAGCCAUCUUAGCUUGAAAGAUCGGAAGCUCCAGGAUCUCGAGGCCAAGUUGUUGAAGACAGACCAAGAUCUUGAUAUUAAGCUUGCCAAUACCUCGAAGGAGCUUGAUAAGUCGAAGAAGCAGAUUCGAGAGCUAGUGGAUGAGAAUCGAUCUAUUCGUCAACAGAUCUCAGAGCUAUCCACCACAUCAACUGGCUACGAAGACCUUCUGAGGCGUAAGGAAAGUGAUAUGGCAGUCCUACGCAACGAUGCACAGAAGUAUGACGAGGAGAAGAGAACCAUGGAAUCCGAGAGGAAGUCGCUUACGACUCGUCACGAUAAUAUGCAAACACGACUUCGGGAAGUCCAAGCUGAAAGAGACGCUAUGCGUUCCGAGAAAGCUCAACUUGAGCGAGAGGCUGCCGAUGUUAAAAGACUACUCGACGAAAAGAGAUCCGAAGACGCAGAGGCCGGUGAAAGCCGCAAGCUACUGGAACAUCAGGUGCACGACCUCAAAGAGCAACUCUUCAAAGCGGAAGCAGACCUCAGUCGGGAACGGCAAUCUCGAGAUGAUGUUCAGAUGCUCGCGGAGCAUAACCUUGCAGACUUGACCCAGAAAUACGAAGCUCUCAAUGAUUCAAAAAUUACCAUUGAGCGGGAAAUGUACAUUCAGCAAGAUAGUCUUCGUCGGGCCACCGAGGCUCGUGUUGCUGCUGAAGCCUCACGCAAGGAUCUGCAAUCCGAACUUAUCAAACUUCGCGACCGAUUCACCGAUGCUGAAAGUGCACGCUUGAAUGCGGAGGCCGAGGCUGAGCGGAAGAUCAACAAGCAAGCAGAGGAACAUAUUGUGGGCUUACGAAAAGACCUGGAUGAUAAAGCGCGCCAACUUGAGAAUGUCGAUACCGAGCGAACUCAGCUCUCCGGUCGUAUUCAAGAACUCAUGCAUACAAUCUCUGAAUCUGAUCAUUUCCGAAUUCGCCAUGACCAAAACAAAGAGCGCAUGGAACGGGAACUUGUCACUCUGCGUGGCAGAUUGACAGCCUCCGAGAAUGACAACCGAUCUCUUCUUACCAAGAUCCAACAAAAGAAUCUCGAUAUUGCGCGCUCGAACUCUAAGGCUAGCGACAAUAACCGACUCCGUCUUCAGACUUUGCAGAAAGAGAAGGCCAGGUUAGAAGAAGAGAACAAAAAUUUGGGUCGGCAAAUGGGAGACCUACAGAUGUCCAUCACUUCGCUCGAAAAGCAGAAGGAGAAAUUGAGCUUAAAUCUCGAGGAUCUCAAUCAUGAAGUUAGUCGCGAGCAUAAGACCAGCCGAAAUGCCGAAAAGGCGGCUUCGACGGCCAAUAUUCAGCUUGCAGAGGUCAAUCGUACCCUUGAAAACGAACGCCAGAUGCGCAGCCAAGCUCAAGCGAAUACUCGACAAACCCAAAGUACACUCGAUAGAGCCAACAAAGAAGUUGAGGAUUUGCAUCGCAAGCUUAUCCUUCUUCACCGCGUCUUUGAGCCAGAGGCCACCGAGCCGGCCAAGUCUUGGGAGGCUGUUCAGCCGCACCUUUCAAAGCAGGUUGACCUGGCCCAAGUAUUGGAUACCGUUCAGCAUCAACUCAGGGUGACUGAAGAGAAAUAUACCAGGGCUGAAAGCCAACUUGCUGAGAUGCGUCGCCGUCAUGGAGAUGAAAUGAAGGAGUUGGAUUCGAAGUAUUCGUCCUCCAAGCGUGCUUUACUGGAAGAAAUCGACCAAAAUGAAGUUGCCAACAGCCGUUCACCGGGCCAUUUCCGAAAGAACUCUGAAAACGCCGUCAAACGAUUUUCCAAUCCCUCCACACCAAAUCGCCGUUACAAUGUCUAUGAAGGCGCCAACGAUUCUGCCAGGUCUGACCGAACCGUUGAUACGCAAGGCUAUCAGCGACGUAUGGACACAGCUGCCGAAAUUGAGGAACUCCAAAAUAAGCUACAGAUGACUGAGAUGCAGAACAAGCACCUCCAAAGUCAACUUGAGCGGUCCACUCCAACAAGGGAAAUCUGGCAAGAUGAAAGUCCUUCAAUUCGCCGUAUGCAUCUUUUAGAGCGUGAAAAUGGACGUCUUCAUGACCAACUAGAUGAUUCCGCAAAGAAGGUGUCUUCUUUAGAACGCAGCAUUCGAUCCGGCGAGCUUUCGCUUCGAGAUGUCCAGGCUAAAUCACAUGAAGAGUUGUACGACCUGAUCAACUCCCAGGAGCAGUCUCGUCGAUCUCUGCUCAAGGUUCACAAUGAUAGUAUGGCUGAGUUUGGAGAGGCAAAGGGCCAUUUUGAGAAAUUGAAACGCAGCAGGGCCACCUUGGAGGUUGAAUUACGUGACGCUCGGUCUGAAACUCAAGAGCUGCAGUACACCCGGGACCAGGAUAUUCAGAGUCGCAAUCAGCUCCUGCAAGAAUUUUCUGACUUGCACAUACGUCUCGAUGCUGAAACCUCAAGAACUGCUGAUCUUGAAUCAAGCUUGAGCUUGUACAAGACUCGUGCUAAUGAAUAUUUCAGCAAGCUUGAGCAGGCUGAGAUUGCUGUAGUGAAGGCAAACCGCGCGGAGCAAUUCGCUAAGUCGCAAGGAAGAGAGGCUGAGGAAACCUAUGCACAAGUCAUGUCAGAGCGGAAGCAAAUGGAUGACUUGGUUGAGGACCUUCAAAGACAAACUCAAGCUCUAGAAGCUCGCAUGGAGGAUCAGGCCGCAGAGCUCCAAGGGGCUUUACAAUCCAAGCAGCGCCUUCAAAAUGAGCUCGAAGAUUACCGAAACCAACGAGCCAUUGAUCUCGAAGACAAGGAGACCUCUAUGGAGCAGACUCGUCAAAAGUACCAGCGCGAAUUCUCAACAAUCAACGGCGAGCUGGAGAUUGAACGCGAGCGACUCCUCAACGUACGUGGUGAGAACGGCCGACUGCGUGAAGAGUUAGAGGACCUGCGCAGCAAGUGGGAUAACGAAGUCCUUAACAGCUCUACUUGGGCCAAAGAAAAGUCGCGAAUGGAGUUAGUUGUGCAAGAUAUCACCAACUCCCGCGAAGAGGCCAUUAAUGCACACAACGAAGCGCAAGAUAAGAUUGUAUCUCUUCUAUCCCAGGCUCGGAACCUGCGCACUGCUGUUGAAGAUAUAACGGCAGAGCGUGAUCUACUCCUUAAGGACAAGAAGAUGCUGGAAGGCCGCCUGGCGGAGGCUGGUGAGCGACUUGAGGACCUUGCCAAGGGAGAAAGCCCCUCGAUGAGGAACGCAGCCAGUAUGGACCGUGAGCUUUUGGAGCUCAAGUCCAAACUCGCACAACAGGAAGAUGUUUCUUCUGCCGCUGUUGGCAAGAUGCGCCGCGCUGAUGCUCUCGCCACUGAAAUGCAGAAGGAGCUUACUGCCGAGCGUGAAGCCAACAGCCAGCUGUUCAAAGACAAGGCCGGCUUGGAGAAACAGCUGAAGGAGAUCCAGCUCCGCUGCGUUGACCUCGAGACCAAGGGCUACUCGUCUGGUAGUCAGGAUGUGCGAUUCUUGCACAAACGGAUCAAGGAGCUGGAGACCCAUCUUGAAGACCAAGAAAAUAAGCACAGUACUGAGCAGCGCUCGCUUCGCAACGUUGAUCGCACUGUCAAGGAUCUGCAAGUUCAGAUUGACCGACGUGAGAAGAUGAACGCCCAACUGAAUGACGAGGUUAGCAAGGGCCGAGACAAGAUUGAGCGACUGCUUCGCAACAUCGAUGAGCUUCAACAAGGCGACACCGAAACACACUUGCAGGCCCGUCGCGCCGAACGAGAACUCCGAGAAGAACGAGAGAAGGCUUUACAUCUGGCAAGAGAACUGGAAGGAUGGAAAUCGUUACGAGUUGAACGAACAAGCACCGUUGCACGCUCACCUAUGGCUGCCUUGAGUGAUGUGGGCAGCCGAAGAGGCAGUGGUGUUUAUGGGUCUAAUGAUACCCCUCAGCGGAAACCGAGUAAUACUAAGGGAUUUCUGUGA